AUGGGGCUCGCCGGUUUCUUCUUCACAACCUCUUUGGUUCUCUUCUCAUUGCUGAUCCUUGCCUCUGCAAAUGAUUAUGGCUAUGGCGGCAACGCUGGCGGUGACAAGCCAAAGUCUCAGGAAUAUAACUAUGAAUCCAAAUCUGAAGACAAAUUCAAGAUGGGUUAUAGUUAUACCUCUAAAUCAUUCGAUAACGAGAAGUCUAAGUUGGAGGAUCAUAAGUAUACUUCCGAUCUAGACGUUGAAAAAUCAGACAAGGUGGAUCAGUACUCGAAGUCUGUAAUUCAUGAUCACACAGAAAAUGGUCAUGACUACAAAUCAUACAUCGAUAAGUCAAAAUCUGUGGUUAAUGAAUACGUUCCUAAGCCAGAAGUUCACAAGUCACAGCAAAACGAUAACCAUUACGCUCCCAAGUCAGAAGCUUACAAGCCUCAACCCAAAGAUAAUGGAUACACUCCUACACCAGAAGCUUAUAAGCCACAACCCAAAGACAACGCAUAUGCUCCCAAGCCAGAAGCGUACAAGCCACAAUCCAAAGACAACGGAUACACUCCCAAGCCUGAAGCUUACCAGCCACAACCCAAAGACAACGGAUACGCUCCCAAGCCAGAAUCUUACAAGCCACAACACAAGGAGAACGCAUACGCUCCCAAGCCAGAAGCUUACAAGCCACAACCCAAAGAUUAUAGCUACGCUUCCAAGCUAGAAGAUGACAAGUCACAACCAAAGGACAUUAGCUAUGCACCCAAUCCUGAAGCUUGCAAGCCGCAACCCAAAGAUAACGGCUAUUAUCCCAAGCCAGAAGGUAUUGUUUACAACCGUAAGUUAGAUGUUUUUAAAUCAAAAUCAAUAGAAAAUCACAGUUAUAACUCAAAAUCAGACUGUGAUAAAUCAAAGGCAGAAGAGAAAGAAAAGUCAAAUGGUUACUAA